AAAGCCUAUCAUCCGGGCUGCCUCAGCACCAGCUUCUCCGCACCACUCUCUUGAGUUUGACAACUUUCAGUGAACGCUGCACCCGUGUCGGAUCAGAAGUCACCAAAACCAUGAUGUACCGCCAAGGAUCAUCCACUAUGUCUCAUUUCUCAGUUCCCACGAUAACAAGUUCCAAGCGGGCCGGGAGCGUCCAUGGCGGUGCGGGUGGUAGAAAUGUCCGGGUGUCCUACGCCUCCAACGGCAUUGGCUCUGGUUUUGACCUGGCAUCGGCGAUAGCAGGUGGCGGAGGCAGCGGUUUCUCCGUUUCAGGCAGCGAGAAGAUGACCAUGCAGAACCUCAACGACCGCCUGGCCGCCUACUUGGAGAAGGUGCGCACUCUGGAGUCCACCAACGCCACGCUGGAGCGUCAGAUCCGUGAAUGGUACGAGAAACAAACUCCCGCUGUCAGGGACUACAGCAAGUACCAGGCAAUCAUCGACGACCUGCGUAAAAAGAUAAGUGCUGCCACACAGGACAAUGCCAGACUCAUGCUGCAGAUUGACAAUGCCAGACUAGCAGCAGAGGACUUCAGAAUCAAGUUUGAGAAUGAGUUGGCGAUGCGCAUGUCAGUGGAGACGGACAUCGCCGGGCUGCGCAAGGUCCUGGAUGAACUGACCAUGGCCCGGUCUGACCUGGAGAUGCAGAUAGAGGGCUUGAAGGAGGAGUUGGUCUACCUAAAGAAGAACCAUGAAGAGGAGCUUGCAGCUGUGCGCAGCCAAAUGACUACCAACUCUGUGAACGUGGAGGUGGAUGCCACGCCCCAGGAGGACCUGACCAUGGUCCUGGAGGGGAUCAGAAAACAGUAUGACGGCAUUGCUGAGAAGAACCGGCGCGAAAUGGAGGCUUGGUACAAGGUCAAGUUUGACGAACUGAACAAGCAGGUGGCAACCAGCUCAGAGACCCUCCAGACCUCCCACAGUGAGAUCAACGAGCUCAAACGGACCCUGCAGGCCUUGCAGAUUGAGCUGCAGUCCCAGCUCAGCCUGAAAUCUGCCUUGGAGGGUACACUAGCAGAGACAGAGUCCCGCUAUAGCCUGCAGCUCAGCCAACUCCAGGCCAUGGUCAAUUCCCUGGAGAAUGAGCUCACCCAGAUGAGAGCGGAUAUCGAGAGGCAGGCCUCAGACUACCAGGUGCUCCUCGACAUCAAGACCAGGCUGGAGAUGGAGAUUGCUGAGUACAGAAGGCUGCUGGAUGGGGAGGAUCAAAAGAAAACUGUUGUCACAAAUGUACAAACCAAAGAGGUCAAAGAGGAGCUCAAAUCUAAACCAGUCGUAACCCAGAGGACAAGGGUGGUGAUUGAGGAGAUUAUUGAUGGAAAGGUGGUGUCUCGCAAGGAGGAUGUGGGCACAGAGGUCAUCCCCUCUAAAUAAAUAAAUAAGCCACCCCAUUUAUCUAAAACCCAGUGAAAACAUCUCUACCUACCCUCUAGUUUGCCUCCUGAAAUACCAGAUUUACACAUUAGGUGGUGCUGUGAGCCUCAGAAAGGAAAUGCACUUGAGCAGCGUUGAGACCUUAAAUUCUGGAUUAUACUGAUACAUAGACUGAUAAAAUAAAGAUGAUAUUUCCCUAUCUAAUUUGUAGAUUUUUUGGGGGGGUGAGGGGAUGGGACGAGAGGUGGGGUGCAUUCACACUCACAUUCACACCUACAUUCACCAGUUUGUUUUUAAGUCAGAUAUGAAGUUUAGCCCCUCUCUCCACCCCAGUAAUUUUCCAUCAGUGCUUUUCUUUUGUCCCUGUGUGACCAAAAGCUUUUGGCUGCUAAAUGUUACCUAAAAUGAACAAAUACUAACUAAACAUUGCCAGUUUAAUGUUUAUUUUCUGCUACUCUUGCACUAUUUUAGCACUUAGUAUUAUCCCUUGGUUUUCACUUGUGGCAACAAUGGCCACUGUUUAGUAAAAUUAGUGUCUGUUAACUACUACUACUAACUCCUAAGCAGUGAAGAGGUUUCCAUUUUCCCUGUGUGCGGGCAGUGUUUUUAUCUGCCCACCAGAUGUCAGUAUAUUCACAAUGAUGACCGCAUUGUUGGAUACAUGGACAUGUUUGCCUGUUUCUGUGAGAGCUCACUUCCUUUACAGAAUGUAGACAAACCAAACAUAAGAUUUUCUAUGCAUUGUUGAAUACACACGCACGCACACAAACAUACACACACAUAUAUGUUAUAGGUAUUUGUUACUGACUACACAGCACAAUAUCAUGUAGCUUAUCAAAGUAUUUAUGUCUUAUGUCUUGUUUUUUGUUCUUUUUUCUAAUUUCUACAUACCAUCUUAAAGUUUAAAGUUUGAACUGGAUUGAGUUGAACUGAAAAAUUGUGACAGCAUUCAAGAUGUCAUAGGUUAUUGGGUCAAAUGAUUUGAAUGUUAUCAGUCACCAUACAGGGGGUUUGGGGUUUAGUGUUUGUUCUUCUGUUGUGUUUUUGCACUCAAUGCUCAGCUCAGUGUGCCUGUUUUAAAAUGAAUAAAACUAAAUAAACCUUAUUUAGAUUUUUUCUGCAGCCUUA